AUGUCUCAAAAAAUUUCCGUUCUUUUUGUAUGCUUGGGCAAUAUCUGUAGAAGCCCAAUGGCAGAGGCCGUCUUUCGAGACGAAGUAAAUAAGGCGGGCGUGAGCGAUCGUUUUGAAACAAUUGACAGCUGUGGUACAGGAGCAUGGCACGUUGGCAACUGGCCUGAUCCUCGUACCAUCGAUGUGCUGCUAGCAAAUGGAAUACAAACAGAUCAUUUGGCUCGUAAAUUGAAGUUGACAGAUUUCAAAAAGUUUGACUACAUUUUCGCAAUGGAUCGAUCCAACUUGCAAAAUAUCAGACGAGUGUGCCCAAGUGAUGCCAAGCCGGAAAUUGCAUUGUUUGGAGAUUAUGGCAGCGCAGGCGUAUCCAAAAUUGUGGAGGACCCUUACUAUGGAGGAGAUGAUGGAUUCCAACUGUGCUAUGAACAACUGGUAGACUUUUCAAGAAACUUUAUUCGGAAAUUAUAUAUCGAUUACAACAUGUUAGAGAGCAAAUAUUCAUACCCAUGA